UGUAACUGAACGAACUGUGUAUGUAGCUAAGUGGAGUGACCUCAAACAGUGACGGUCUCGACGGAGUGGAGGUCGGUCCUUCUUUUAGUUGUUUUAGGUUUAGAUUUCUAUUAGUUGGUUAUUUUAAGAGUUUGAAGCUAUGUCUGUCGCACUGGCAACACGCAGACUUCGUUCAAUUUCAAAGACUUUUAUACGAUCGCUGUCUGCCGUUUCAGCGCAUAAUUCACUGAAGACUGCUUCAACAAGGCACAGAGUCGAGGCCUGUGUUCGUAGCCGACAGUUCUGCUGUUAUACCCGGGCACUCAGAUCUGAAAACAAGGUUACUGUCAGUUUCAUCAAUCGCGAUGGAGAAAAGGUGACUGUGAAGGGCUCCCCCGGUGACAGUCUUCUCGAUGUCGUCAUCGAACAGGACCUAGACAUCGAUGGAUUUGGUGCCUGUGAGGGCACUCUGGCCUGCUCCACCUGCCACCUGAUCUUUGAUGAAGAUGUCUUCAAUCAACUGGGACCAAUCACAGACGAGGAGAUGGACAUGCUGGACCUGGCCUACGGACUGACGGACACGUCUCGCCUGGGUUGCCAGGUCUGCCUGACCAAAUCCCUGGAGGGUAUUACCGUGCGCGUUCCGGAAAGCGUGGCGGACAUGAGGGAGUCUGAUUUUGGCACCACUAGCUCCUCCUCCUAGGCCACGCCUGGCCCUAGAGCCUAGAUUUGCACUGUAAUUAAUAUGAAUAUGCAUUUACCUUUUUACAAAUCAUUACAUGAGUCAGGGAUGCUGGUUUCCGAGGCAUCCCCCUUUCUCUUGGGCAUUAAAAAUGCCAACCAUUAGGACAGAAACAUUUCAUUAUGAUUUCUGGGAGGAGUAAAAUAAGCCCAUGCCUAAAUUAACUUGGAGUGAGAAUAAUCACUUUAAGACCACUAAUGCAACCCUGUGUGAUGUUUUAACGUGAUUGUACAUAGCGCAGUUGUGUAUAGCUGGAAUUAUAUCUAAAAUAAACUAACCUGCCUUCAUAA